AUACUUGGCUCACACCUUGUGCGAGAUCGGAGCCCCGCGCUAACUAGCACUCGGCCUGCCAUCCGUAGCCUCCAUGCAGAAGUACAUGCACACGCCCUAUCAGCCUCAAAACUGGAGUCAAGCCGACCCCCGAUUCACCAAUUGAUCAAUUGCAACAACAACCGCAACCAUGCCCGCCAUGCUCGACGACCCCACUUCCCCCCCAAUCCUGCACAAGGUGGACGGAGCAGCCCACGCUUUCACUCCAGAACACGUGACGCUUAAGAACGGUGCGUCCGCAACAAUCAUCCCCUUCACAUCACUCGACCAGGUCCCCUCAUCACUCGUCGCUUUCCUGCACGCGCAGCUCAGCGCCGAGAUUGAGGGCGGAGACACCUACCCAAUGCUUGAAGCACUGCCGUUAUCCGGCUUUGGACCAUACUGGUUCGGCGUAUUCGGGGCAGUGAUGCUUGAAGGCACCUUUGGGUCAUCUGCAGAGGUGAGGGACCUGGAUGCAGACUGGAGCACCGUGUGUCUGGGGAGCUUCUACACGAAGCCAAAUUACCCCGGGCGCAGCAGCCAUGUGUGCAACGCCGGGUUCUUGGUUACGGUUGCGGCACGUAACAAGGGUGUGGGAAAGCUGCUUGGAAAGCAAUAUCUCAAGUGGGCGCCUAAGCUGGGUUUCACGUACUCGGUGUUCAAUCUUGUGUAUGAAACGAAUGUUGCAUCCACGAGGAUCUGGGAUUCAUUGGGCUUUGAGAGAAUUGGGCGAGUGAAGAAGUGUGGAGUGUUGAAGAGCUAUCCUGGGAAGAAGAUCGAUGCGAUUGUCUAUGGAUAUGAUUUUGAGCCAGAUUCGACAGACUAGAUGGAGAUAACGAGAAAUUGAGACUUUUAAC